ACGCAGUACAGUCCAUUUAACAUGAUUUCCUAUGGGACAUGUUCACACCUGUGCGUUUUCACCCGGUGCUUUUUUGGAAAGGGUCAGCGACUUUUUUGAAUGCAAAAAGUUGCAUUUUUGGUUCUAUAGACUUCAAUGGAAAUGCUUCAGAAAAGCAUGUGCUGUGUUUUUACAGCAUUUUUUAUGCAUUUUGCUUUUUAAAUCUGCCUAGCAACAAGAAAAAAAAGAAAAGAAAAAAAAAUGCAGUAAAAACGCAAGUGCAAAAAUGCAAAUCAAAACGCAAUGCAGAAAUGACUCAAACGCAGCCUGCAUAGGUGUGAACCUAGACUAA